UGUAAUAAGAAAACACACAACACACGAAAUUUAACAAUAAUUAAAAUAGAUUCAAAGUGUGUUUUAUUUUGACAAUAUUGAACGACACCCACCCCCCACAUCCAACGGUAGGACAAACAGUAUGACCUAAAGACUCACUGCCGCGAGCAAGUCGUCAAUUGAAUGUCAAAUCGAUUGCUUGGCAAAUAAAAAAAAUAAAACAAAAACACUUUUAACAAGAAGGAAACCGCAACCAUGUUAUAACACGGAUUGCAGUUAUCAAGCACGUCACAAAGUAGUAAGAAAGUGCAUUCCGGCCAACAGAAAACAAGCUAAUGAGGGCGGGGUGGGCACAUGUGUGGGCGUCUAUGAACGUCACUUGAUAGUAGCAUUGAUAGGAACAGUGCCCCUCGGACCACUUCGGAGGAGCAGUCAAUAAGCACAGCACACCAAUGACCAACUCAGAGAAACGGAAAAGCAAUAACUAGCAACGUAAUUAGUAGCCAAUCCAGCCCGAAAUUCUUCCAACAAUCCAAGGUCAGAAUCACGCUUCGCCCGUCAUGUUUUCCGAACCGUAUGACACCGAUGAGCUGGACACCAUCGCCGAUGUGAUGGGACUGCGCUCACAGGCUCGCCUAAACACAUUUCGCGAAAUGUGGUACCACAUAUUUCUGUGGGCCCUCUUCUCAUCCAUUUUCAUCCACACCUGUGCCGCUCUAGUGGCGUUUGUGACGCUACGAAAGCAUAAAUUCGGACGAUUCUUCUCUAUACUAAUUCUGGUUAUGGGAUUCUUGUCACCGGCUUCUAGUGGCAUCAUUAGCAGUGCGGUAAUUGCUUUUGUGCAUCGUGCUUCCAGCCUGCCCAUGUCGCCUAUUUAUGCAAUGGUUUGGGGUCUUGGACAGACCAUAGUCUCGGCAUGCCUGGGCUUCACUCGAAUCUUGGCCACGCUCUAGAUUAUGGACUGAAAUUUCAUCAUAGAACUUUUCAUGUAGCAUACUCCGCCAUAAGUUAGAGUUUAUUUUGUAAGCAUUAUCAUACCUUUUUUUAAUUCAUUGUUCACAGAGCAUCCGGACAGAUGCCCGACAACAAUUAUAACAAAAUCAUUGAUAUGCGUCUAAGAAUAUUGUGAUUUUUAAAUAUACAUACACACAUAUACUAUAUACGACCAGAGGAAUAAUGUAAAAAAUUAAGCUCUUACUUUAAAUAUUUACUCCAAUUGUACAUACGAUAGCAGCCGAAUACACGAGCAGAUUCUAAAACUAAAUCAGC